AUGAUACAAAUUAAGAGAACUCUUGUCCCCGCAAUUCCCGAUGACAUCCUUGUUCAAAUACUCGAAAAACUUCCAGCAAAACCACUAUUGAGGUUCAAGAGUGUUUCGAAAAGUUGGUACAGCAUAAUUGAAGAUCAAGAAUUUGCCGAUGGUUUUCGCCUUCGAUCCCAUAAUCGUGGCACCAACCUCCUCGUACGCAAGAUCCGUUUCGGAAAGAGAACUGUUGAAGGGCAAAAUACAAGGGUAUAUGAUUUCUCCGUAAUAGAUUCAGAAGGCCAAUCGGUUCCUGUCGCUGUUCCAAAUAUUCUCAAAAAUACCUUCUUUCACCUAGAUCAACUUGUUGAAGGCUUAGUGCUCUGUAACAACCUCAUAUGGAACCCUACUACAGGAAAAUUCAUUGAUCUUCCCCCACGUAAUCCGAAUCCUUAUGCGAAGGAGAUCAGUGAGAAAAUGGGAAACAUGAGAGGAUGUUACCACUCGGGUGCCUGGAGUAAAUACUUUCUGGGAUUCGAUGUUUCAUCCAAGAAAUACAAGGUAUUAAGUAUUUGUCUUACGUGGCUUGAAAGAAAACCCAUUCGGGCCAAUAACGAUGAUAUUUUUUACAACGAGUUUGAUAUUAAUGAAAACCAAGUCCAUGUCCAUGCAGAAGUUUUGACUCUGGGAACCAAUUCUUGGAAAAUUUUAAGUAUUGAUUAUUCUGUGCAACAAGACCUUAGCAAGGGCUUCACUGUCAAGACAUCAUGCAGCAUCAACGGGGAAAUAUAUAGCAUCAUCACUCCCCAUAGUAAAUUGUCUGUGAUGUCCUCGUCCGAGAGUGAAUGCAUACUGGCCUUUGAUCUAAGUCAUGAGAAAUUUCAACUUCUGCUUCUUCCCAGGCGAGUUUAUGUAGAUUUUGCAGGUGAGAUUGGAGGACGGCUUGCUAUAAUUGAUGUUUAUGGCGAAAGGAUUUGGAUGCUAGAAGAAGCUUUCGAGGGCGGAAAGUGGACUGCUGUGGAUUUAUUUUUGGCAAAAAGUUGGGCACGAAUGAAAUUAUCUGAGGGCCGAUUGAUUGCGGUCUACCCUAUUGGUUCAUGCCAAAAUGGUGAGAUUUUGUUUCGAGUUUCUGAGAUUGUUUCAUCGAGUGGCCAAGAUUUAGGAUCAACCAUUUUCGGCUACAGCAUGGAGAGCAAAGAUGUAAGGAUGGUCACGAAACUUGAUGACUUUGUAGAUGACAGGGAUAACAUUGUCUCCGGGCUUGUCGAAACGAUUCAUCCACUUAAUUAG